UUCACAGUGCCUACCUGCGGCAGGGUUUUAGACAAAUUGAAAAACUCCGUGGCCGUUUUUGCGCCUCUCAACAUGCAAUGAAACUCAAGGCGACUUCGCCGCCACCGCCACCGCCACCGCCACCACCAUCAAAGCCACCUUUAAUUCUCUAAAGGCAGGCUCAAACAGCGCUAAACCCAAAAAUCCAAACCUUCUCUGUUUAUGCAUCCAUCAAUGGAUUUGAGAAGACUCGCAAUCGCCAAACCCACUUCAAGCUUCUCACCCUUCACGCGUCUCUUAACCUUCGUGACCUCCAACGCCCAGCAACAACAAGAGACCGAACGACCACAGAAGCAAUUAGAGCACCAAAAGCAGUCAGAACCGUUUGAUAAGAGUUUUCUCAUGUGGGUAACCUCGAUCCUCUCAAAACCAUUUCUAGAUUCCUCUAAAUGUAACGAUAUUGUAGCCACUUUGUCUCCUUCCCAAUUCGAUAGCGUUCUCUUUGACAUUCACUUAUCAGUGAACCCAAAAACUGUUUUGAGUUUCUUUCAUUUUGCUUCUGAUUCUUAUGGGUUUAGAUUCACUGUUAGAUCUUAUUGCGUUUUAAUUCGUUUGCUUAUUGGUUCAAAACUUGAUGAUGCCGCUCGCUUGCUUUUGAUUCGGUUAACUGAUUUGAAGCUUCCAGUUUUGUUUAAUGACACCAAAAAUAGGCAUCUUGAGAUAGCCAUUGCACUGGUGAAUUUGAAUACGGUGUCCGAGUCUGCUCUUAGCGUUCGGACAUUUGAUUUAUUGAUACAUGUCUAUUGUACCCAAUUCAAAAAUUUGGGUUUUGACUUUGCAUUGGACGUAUUCCAGUUGUUGGCAAGUAAGGGUAUGUUUGCGUCUUUGAGGACUUGUAACUAUUUGUUGAGUUCUCUUGUGAAGGACAAUCAACUCCAGAAGAGUUACGAUGUGUUUGACAUUAUAUGCAAAGGUGUUAUACCAGAUGUUUAUUCGUUUACUACAGCAAUUAAUGCAUUUUGCAAGGGAGGGAAGGUUAAAGAUGCAAUGGGGUUGUUUUUGAAAAUGGAGAAGAUGUGUGUUUCUCCGAAUGUUGUUACAUACAAUAAUAUCAUACACGGGCUGUGUAAAAAUGGGGAUUUGGAUGAGGCUUUUCAGCUGAAAGAGAAAAUGAUAAAGAAUGGCUUAAACCCAAGUCUUAUAACAUAUAGUGUCCUUAUUAAUGGUUUGAUGAAGUUUGAGAGAUUUGAUGAAGCCAAUUGUGUUUUGAAUGAAAUGUUGGAAAAGGGUUUUUUACCGAAUGAGGUAGUUUAUAACACGUUGAUUGGUGGGUAUUGUAAAAUAGGGAAUGUUAGGAAUGCAAUGAAGGUAAGGGAUGAUAUGGUAUUGAGGGGAUUCAAGCCCAAUUCAGUUACUUUUAAUUCACUUAUUCAAGGUUUCUGCAAGACUAAUAAGAUGGAUCAAGCCCAGCAGCUUUUGGAAGAGAUGCUCUCGAUGGAGUUAUCAAUAAAUCUCGGUGCUUUUUCUGCAGUUAUUCUAUGGCUUUGUGUGAAUUCUAAGUUCGACUUGGCACUACGAUUUGUUAGGGAAAUGCUGUGGAGAAAAUUAAGGCCAAAUGAUGGCUUGCUGACCAUGCUAGUUGGUGGGCUUUGUAAGGAGGGUAAGCAUUCGGAUGCAAUUGACCUUUGGUUCAGACUACUGGAGAAAGGGUUUGCAGCAAAUAUAGUGACCUCAAAUGCUCUUAUUCAUGGACUUUGUGUGGCAGGAAACAUGCUUGAGGCUGUUAGGCUUCUCAAGGAGAUGCUAAAGAGAGGUUUGCAAUUAGAUAGGAUUACAUACAACACACUCAUCGGGGGGUGUUGCAAAGAGGGGAAAUUGGUGGAAGGAUUUAAGCUAAGGGAAGAGAUGGUUAAGCGAGGCAUUCAACCAGACAGUUAUACUUACAAUCUUUUGAUACAUGGACUAUGCAAUGUGGGCAAGAUGGAUGAAGCUAUGUUGCUUUGGAAUGAGUGCAAGAAGAAUGGUCUGGUUCCCGAUGUUUAUACAUAUGGGGCCAUGAUAGAUGGAUAUUGUAAAGCUGAGAAAAUUGAAGAGGGGAAAGAUUUCUUUAAUGAGCUGCUUAAGCAGAAUAUGGAGUUAAAUUCAAUUGUUUAUAAUGCACUUAUUAGAGCUUACAGUAGAAACGGGAAUAUGGUGGAGGCCUAUAGACUUCGGGAUGACAUGAGAAGCAAGGGCAUUCCACCAACUCUUGCCACAUAUUCUUCUCUGAUACAUGGGAUGUGCAAUAUUGGCUGUGUUGAGGAUGCAAAACACCUUUUUGAUGAAAUGCGAAAGGAGGGCUUGUUGCCAAAUAUCAUUUGUUAUACUGCCCUAAUAGGUGGUUAUUGUAAGUUAGGUCAGAUGGAUAAACUGGGGAGUGUCUUGCAGGAGAUGUCUUCAAAUGACAUACAUCCUAAUAAAAUUACAUACACUGUCAUGAUUGCUGGGUAUUGUAAAGCAGGUGAUAUGAACAAAGCCAGGAAGCUUCUCGAUGAGAUGGUAGAAAAGGGAAUUGUUCCUGACUCUGUCACUUAUAAUACUUUUACCGAUGGAUUUUGCAAGGAAGGGAAGGUAGAAGAAGCUUUUAAAACUUGCGAUCUUAUGUCUCAGAGAGGAGUAAAAUUAGAUGAAGUUACAUACACUACUUUAAUUCAUGGGUUGCACCAGCACUCAACAAGUACAAAUCAAAAAUGAUCAGUAUAGUCCUAAAAGGCAAGCUGAUUGUUUACCAUGGGAUGGCAACCUCACCUUCUCUUUCAAGAACCAGUUGAUGUUUACCUAAGAUAUUAAUCACCAUAAAGUUUCCUCUAUCAGGCAGAGGCGUGUUGCUGAUCAUGAGUUUGCUAUGGGACGACAAUGUUCUCUUUGUGGCUUCGUGGAACUCAACGAUCGGACACAUAAAAAUCAUCAUGCUACAGCAAAUAGAGUUUGAUGUUAACCCAGGUAACGCAAUGCAAGAUGGAAAUUUCCCCCAAAUGGGAACCUGCUCAUAUUAAGAGGCCAGCAACGAGACAUGAACUAGACGGAGGUUACAGUUUCUGAAAGCUGAAAUGGGUGUGAGUUUGAGAUCAUGUGUUUAUUAGAUGCAUGGAACAGGAUCAGUAAUCCAACUUCUGGAUCCAAAGAGGUUCGCUUUCCAGUUCAUGGAUGUUAGAAACUGUAAAACUUUAGAUAACAAGUUUCAAGGGGCACAGCAAAAACAAAGGGUACUCCCUCUAUGAUGUCGUCUACAGGGUUUUGAUUUUACUUCGGGGUUAGCUUUACAAGAUUGAGAUAUGGAAUGGCUCUAAAAUUGAAGAUGAUUUGCAUCCAUGGGCUGAAAAACAUGAGCAGAAUCAGACUCCAGUGCAGCAGCCAACUCCGGCCAUAAGAUGGCCGAUACAGUCCAAGACCCGUCGCCCUUUGC